AAAAUAGGUGUGUGUGUUUAUUUUGGGUGUGUGUUUGAUUUAAAAUACUAUUAUAAUUUGAAAUAGAGUAUUUUGGACAGCGUUAAAAAUUCUUCUUUUGCAUUUGUUAUUAAAGGGAGGUUAAAUUAAACAAGUAUCCUUGUCUUUUAAUAUUAAAAGAUUAGUAUUUUGAAAAAAUGGAUAAUAAGAAACAUAAAGAUAUUUUGCUGAAGAUUGCUGAUAAUCUGUUGGAUGAAGAUGUUGAAACAAUUAAGUUUUAUUAUUCACAACAAAUUGGCUAUCGUCAUCUAGAAAGAAUUAAAACUCCUAUCAAUUUAAUUCAAACUUUAGAACAUCGAAUGCUUCUAGGGAUAAAUAACUAUGAUGAUUUUGUUGAGAUACUUAAUAAAAUCGGAAGGAAUCACUUGGCAAAUUAUUUUUCUAUAGUCAAAUCAAGGAUGCUCUCAGACUUAGAAACUUUGAAUUCAUCAGAAAGUUCUACCAGAACUUCUUCUAAGAAAGAAACUUGGAGUUCACCAGAAAGUUCUACCAGAACUUCUUCUAAGAAAAAUAUAUCAGAGAUAUGCACAGCACUCAAAAGUUUAUAUCUUUCAAGUUAUGUGAAAAUAAAUGAAGUUCAAGUACCACUAAAAUCACCUGCAAAUGUCAAUUUAAUGCAUAAAUUCGUUGAUCUAUGUAUUGUUGAUGCAGUCAAUGCUCAAACAGAUGCUGUAUUAAGUGAACGAAAAGAAUUUCUUCAAAAGCAAUUGCGUUAUACACCAAUUCCAUAUAGUGAAAUAUUUAUGAAAGAUAAAUCUGUAACAAUAAUAUCUGGAAUAGCUGGUAUUGGGAAAACAUGGUUGCUUAGAAAAUGUUUGCUUGAUUGGUCAAAUGGUCUAAUUUGGAAAAAUGUUAAACUUGUGUUUUAUUUGGAAUGCAGAAGGCUUAAUCAAUAUCAAAAUAUUUCUAAUAUUCAUGAAUUACUAAAUGUUUUCUACAAAGAUAUUAUAAAUGAUUUUGAUAUUAGUACUCAUUCUACGCUGUUUAUAAUUGAUGGAUUAGAUGAGUUUAAAUAUCUAAAUGAAUUAAUAAAUUGCAGUUCGAGUUGUAACUAUCCAAUUGUUAAUGUUUUAACAGAAAUUCGAAAAUAUAAGUAUGUAGUUGCUGGUAGAGUUCAUGCAAUUGAUCAGUAUCAAAGUAUAUCUACAGAGGAUUGUGAUAAGAUAAACAUUCAAAUUAUGGGAUUUAAUGAAGGCGGAAUAAAUAACUAUAUAGAAAAUAAUGUUUUAGAGGAAAAAAAAGAUGUUGUGAAAGCAACUUUGAAGGAAUCUGCAAUUGCAAAAUCAAUGUCAUCUGUUCCAUUUUAUUUAUCUUUGAUGUGUAGGAUUAUUAGUAAUUCAAAAAGUUUAUACAAAAAUUCUUUUUUAACAAUGACAGACUUGUAUGCAAAUAUUUUUUUACAUUUUUUGCAAAAACACAUUAUCAAAAACAAUGAAUCGAUUUUUCAAUUUAUGAAAAACAAUUCCAAUAAAGAAUAUAUUUUAAAUAUUUGUAAAAUUGCGUAUCAAUUGUUUGUUGAAAAUAAAGUAAUUUUUUCCAAAGAAGACAUUCAAACCUUUAUCAUUGACUUUGAUAAAAAUGAAGAAAAUUUUUUUGGAUUUAUUGAAAGAAUUGAAACUAGUCUAGGUGAAAAUAUUUAUCAAUUUGCACAUUUGACAAUAAUGGAGUUUUGUGCAUCUAUAUAUGCAUAUAAUUGUUUAAGUAGUGAAGAGAUUAUGACUAAUGAAAAGCUGAAGAGUUGUUUAUCAAUGAUUUGUGGUUUGACCAUUAAAAAUCUAAAUAGUUCCUUAAAGUAUCUUGUUAACCUGAAUCCUUUAAAACAAACUUGUGAAGAUUCUUUAUUUUUGUUUUCUAUUUUUGAUCGUCUACUUAAAUUAUCUCGUCAAAGUAAAAACGAUUAUCUACUUAAAUUUAUAAUAAAAUAUAUUCAACUUGCAAAUUAUUACGAUAAUUUAUUCAUUGAAUGUUUUUAUGAAAGUCAAUCAUCAUUAACUGAUAAAAUAAAAUUAAUCGUCGAUGAACGAGAGUGGAUGAUUUCGAUUGACGAUGGAAAAACUUCUUACGAAACUUCUUGUGAAAAUUAUUUCGUAAAUCAUUACAUUAAAUCUGGAAGAAAGUUAUCGUGGUUAAGUGUUGAUAAGAGGUUAAGUGUUUAUAAAAAUAUUUUAAGUGAUGAAGAAAAAAAUCUUAUAAUUCAAUGUUCAACAAAUGUUCGCAAUGUCGAGUUUUGGUGUCCAAUUAAAUUAGAAGGAUGGAAACCGAAAGAUAAGAUUGAAGGGUUGUUGAUAAAAAUCUCACCUUAUUUAAUAACGAAAAAAGAUUUUGAAGAAAAUUUUCUUCCGUGGAUUAAUCUUUGUGAAAGAUUAUAUCUUUCACUUCACGACGACAUCGAUUUCAUUGAAGAGAUUUACGAAUGGAUUCGUUGUUUGAAUCUCAAGCGGUUGAGGAUCAACUACUGUGGAAAAUAUUUUGAAAACCUCAAUGAAUUAAAAAACUUUAUAACACAGUAAAAAGUUUAAUAUUUU